AUGGAGCUGAAUAAGGAGCAGAUGAGAGCGGCUGAGACCGAGCUGAGGAAAUAUUUACCUCAGUCACUGAAGGUAACUCAUGGUUCAGAUUUACUACUGUGAAUGAAAAUAAGAAUAAUCACCAGUUGUCCUGUUUGUUUAAUGAACCAGUGCUGACUUCCGUCUUCGGGUCCAAUCAAACUUCUCUUAUACUGUGAAUUAAAGUGUUUCUCUCUGUUUUAUUUUCCAGGUUUACGGAGUUUUGAUGCUUAAAAACAGAGUCACAUCAGACCCAUUGUCGGUUAUUGUGGAUAAAUGGCCUGAUUUUAGAGUCUUUAUCUGCAGACCACACUGUGAGAAGGUAAUUAUUUAUCAUAGAUAUCACGUGAUUGUUUAUGUCCACAAAACUACGGAAGCCAAAAGAGGACAUGCGCCAAUAUUGCUUCUGUUUUGGGGGAUGGUUUUAGUUGUUUACUGGCUUGUUUUUCUGCACUAUAAUGAGCUUCUUUUUUAACUGUUGUUACAGGAAAGUGAUUUCUUCAAAGAUAUCCUGAUAUUUGCGACUGAUGAAACUAUUCUGGAAGAAACCAUCAGGAAAUCCUCUGACUGGACCAGGCCUCUCUGUUUUGGUAAUUAAAAUUAACUCUUUUAUUCUCUGUAUUGUCUCUUGAAUAGUUAUCAAAGUCAAUCAAUCAAUCAAAUCAAAUUUUAUUUUUAUAGCGCCAAUUCACAACAGUCGUCAUCCCAAGACGCUUUCCAAAGAAAAAGAGCCGGUCUAGACCACACGAAACCUUGAGCAGGACCAGACAAGUCUAUUUGUUUACCUGUAACCUACUUUCAAAAAUUACAUACCAUUACUCCAUUGAUAUUUAUACUCUUUAAAUCCACCCGUGCAUUUUAAAUCAGUCAUUAUUUAUAUUUUUGUGCAAGAAAUAAGUGAUCAAAACCACAAACUUGACAUCCAUUUGGAAGAUGAUAACAGCUCAAAUAUAUUGCACAUUAUAGAGUUCAAAGUCCUCCUGUUGUUUCAUAGAGAUCUGAAGAGAUGUGGGACCAUCAUAUGUUUUAUUUACACUACUAAAAAAAUAAAAGGUGCAAAGAUCAGCUCCCUGGUGUCGUUAUAGUGUCUGAAUGAUUAACCAAGAGGAAAGUGUAGGUCAACAGAAGAAAAGAAAGCAGCAGAUGGUCAGGAUGACUGGAAACUUUAAUUUUGCUGACAAUUUUUCAUUUUUCUCUGAAUUUUUUCAGAAUAAGAAAAAUAAUUUACGUAGUUUUAUGAUGCUCCAACUAACAUUUCUUCACUCGAAUAUGUUCAUUUGACACAAUGACAUACACACAGGGCACAUAACCAAACACUGACCCAAACAAGAGUCUGAAUUUAAAAGAUAUUUCCCAAUAACAAUAUUGAAGCUAUUCAAAUAUGGACAUUUUAACUUUAACAUCUUUUAAAUGGACUAAAGUCAGUCUGUUAUUCUGUCUUAAGGUUUCAAUCAACGCCACAUGGACACAAUCAAAGCGGUUGCAUCUGAAAAAGCUGCACCCGGCCGCCAACUGGCAGUAUGUCACAAGAUGAUUCUGGAAGACGUUUCCAAGCUCCCCUCUGUUGACAGGUAGAUGCUUGUCUUUGUAGACGUCUGUGUUGUCUCGAUCACAGGUGAGGAGACUCCCAUAAGGAGGAGAAAGAAAGUUCUCAAUAGCAGAUGGGACCUAAUUUGGGUAAAAAAUAAAAUUCAAUUGAAAAAACGUUAUUUAUCUAAUGAUCUAAUCACUGUACAGCUGUAAACUGGGUAUCCAAGUUAUCGUGUGAAUGUGGGAAACAGUGGCAGUACAUCCUUCACUGCAAAGUCUUUACCUGCUGCCUCUGUGUCUGAACAUCUACUCUAUAUUCAGACACAGAGGCAAAAAAAAUUAGAGCUAUGAUGAAGUCCAACAGGGAAAGUCAAAGGCAAAUGGUGCCCUCUGCUGUUUACAAAUGGUAAUACUACUCCCUCAGGUGUUGAGACUGUGUCCAUAGAGUUUGUCCUUAUUCGUGUGAUUCAAAUAGACUUCAAAGUUGGUUCCAGAUUAAAACACUUGCUCAGAAAAGUCCUCUGCUCUGUUCCUCCUCAGCUCCGGAUUGUCCCUCAGCUCUAUGGAUGAAUCACACACCAGUCUAGUGAACCAAACGUGGCAGUUUGGACAGAACGACGGGGCUCUCAGGAUGAUCCAGAACAUGGUUAAGAACUUCCCGUCCUGCUGCGUGCUGGAUGCUGAAGGGAAGCCUGUGGCCUGGAUCCUGGUCUACAAUACCUGCGCCAUGGGCAUGUUGCACACACUGCCGGAGCACAGGGGGAGAGGAUACGCCAAAGUCCUGAUCUGCACCAUGGCGAAGAGGCUCCACUCUGAGGGAUACCCGGUGUACUGUUUCAUAGAUGAUGAUAACGGGAUCUCCUACAGGAUUUUUACAAAGCUGGGCUUCACUGAAGAUCCCUCAUACAGAGACACAUGGUUUGAGUUCAAUGGGCCUUAAAUAACUUAAAGGAGGGUUUUAUAUAUUUGUCAUUAAUGAUGAUUCUUUUAAAGGCCUGGAAAACACUAAAUACAAGUGACAUCCUGAAAAUGUAAAACCUUAUCUCCUCCAAUGUGGUAAAUAUUUCUGCAACAAUUUAUUAUGGAAAUUUUAUAACGUAGAAAAAAAAUGAAACUAUUUCAACUUCGUUUUGUGAAUAAUGAGGCAUAUAGUUCUGUAUUGAUUGCAUGCUUGUUGGUGCCUUUUAGGGAGAGUUUCAAGUGCGGUUAUGUCAUGUUUUGACUAUUUAUAUUAAAAGGAUAAUUAACCUGAUUCCAGGGAACGAACUGAAUUAAACACUUUCAACAAGGAGCUUUUUAAUAUUUUCUGUAAGUGAAAUUAAUAUAAAAGAAGAAUACCUUUACACUUUUAAUAUAGUAAAAAAAAAAAUCUAUAAAAUAAAAAAGAAACUUGACUUUUCUUAUUGUUGGCUUUUGUUGAUUUUUUUUAACUCUCCUGAAUUUUUCGCAGGUUUUAUCUUGAGCUAAACUGUUAAUUAUUGACUGUGACUAUAAAAAAAUAGCAUGUUUAAAGUCAACAUCAUGCAACUUAGUGAUGGGCACGGCACUUCUUUUAGAUGUACUGAAUCACAACAAUUAGUUUGCUAAAGAGACUCGUUCACCAAAUCACUGAAUCAUGUCACACUUAGCGGGAAAAGCCUGUGACUGUGUCUGGGAUCGGGAGUUGAGAGUGUUUGGCUGUGUUUCUUUGGCAAACAGGUUUGUAAAAAUGAACUUGUUUAUAUGUCAUGAUGUUUUAAGUGUACUGUCCUAUGGUAUGCAAUUUAUCUGGUCCGCUCAGUAAACUGGGGUCAGUGAGUGAUUCGUUCACUGAACGUUUGGAAGAAUUCGCACUGAACAUACACCGUUCCCUCGCAAACCGCUGCAAUGAUAGGAUGUUGCGGGUUUAAUGCACUACUUGUUACAUGCUGUGUCCUGUUGUAUGCAAGUUUUUGUGGUGGCAAUUUAGCAGUAAGAAAAAAAAAGGUAGCUUUGUCAGACAAAAACGAUUCCAGAGAGUGUAGUUCAAUUCGUUCACCACAGGUGUCAGUACAUGCAGUCCCUUGCUCAACUGGUCGACACAACACUAACGCAACUCUUGCUAGUGUACUGUCAUUGUCAGUGCAAUGUCUGGAAAGUUUAAAUAAAGUUGUUUGAAAAAAUCCGGAACUCUGUAGUCUGCAGACUCCACGUCACUAAAAAGUAAACACACAUGAAUAUAUUCGGCGAAUAUAUUCAUGUGUGUUUUAUGUGUGUGUCUCCACCCCUACAUGAAGCAAGCCUCGAUACGCGCUUCGCGGAAACGCCCCCUUCAUUACUCGACACACGCUUCGAAGCCUGAAGGACACAUCACUAAUAUUCGCUCAUUAUUCUAAACUUGGAGAGAAAUUUAAUAUAAAGUGAUAAUGGAGCUGAGUGAAGAGCAGGUGAAGGUGGCUGAAACUGAGCUGAAGAGGUUUUUACCUCAAUCUCUGCAGGUGUGUUUGAUCAGAUCGAUAAAAAAACACGAACUUUAAUAGAUUUGUAACAUAUUUGUAACUGCAGUCUUUUUUAAAACGUCCGUAAAUCAGAAUCUGCCUCGGGAUGACGAGGGUUAAAUGCCAUUAAAGUAUGUAAUACAGACUUCGACAUGCACAGUAUAUGUAAAACGAAGCCAAUUAUCAUAAAUCUAAAGAAACGUUCACGGUUAUUUUGAAGGGAAUGUGUUAAGAAGUGCAAUUUCUUGUCUUUUUAAAGGUUUACGGUUUUUUGAUGCUCAGAAACAGAUUCACAUUAGAACCUUUGUCGGUUUUUGUGGACAGAUGGCCGGACUUCAGAGUCCUUGUGUGCAGACCACAAACUGGAGAGGUAUGAUUUAUUUCAUGUUUAUAAAUUUUGAGCAGGUUUAAGCUGAAAUUACAAAAUAUUUAAGGAGACUUCACUUGUCAUUGCACCUCCCCAGUAACAAACAACGCAAUAACUACGAAUGUUACGAGUUCAAUCGGCAAAUAUGGAUUUUAAUGAGUUUCUUGAAAAUUAUUGUAUCAUUUAUGUCAAAAAUAGUCAUUUUCACUGACUGUCUUUACUCUCCGGUCUUUGUCCACUUUCUCACCUUAAAUGAACCAUAAUCUAACCUGUAGAGUACAUAAUAAGAGCCGUAUCCUUAGCAACGGUUUGCUAUCGAGAAAUAACAGACCGUUAUGAUCGGUUUCCAAGUAGUGGCAGCUCUGUAAUAAAUGUUUUGAAAUAAUCGAUUUAAAGUAUGAGUGAGUGUAUUCCUUCAUCUCUCUCUCUCUCAUUAUCUUCUUGUUUUUUCUACAGAAAGGUAGUUUCUUCAAAGACAUUCUCAUUUUUGCAACUGAUGGAGCCAUUUUAACAGAAAUAAUAAAGAAGCCAGCUGUUAUGGAUUGGACCAAGCAACUCUGUAUAGGUAAUGACAUUUGUAUUGUCUUUUUCAGCAAUCAUAGUACACCAUUAAAGUGACACUGCUACCUUAAAUAUUUGCUAUCUUUCGAUAUCAUGGCCGUCAUGUCAUAGCAUUGACACAGAUAUUUGUACGUCUGAAAUCCAUCUCUAAAAUUGAGUCAUUCUUACAUGGCUUUAUAGGACUUGUUUUUAGCACUGCAAUAAAAAUUCAGAGGUGUUAAAAGUCCUAUUGUUAUGGCGUUUAUCAAAGGAGCUGAGGAGGUCAUGGUGCCAUCUCUUCUCCUAUUUCUACACCACAGACUGUCAUAAAGUGCCAACAUGAGUUUCCUUGUGCCAUAACAGUAUGUGAAUGAUUAAUAUGCAAUGUGCUGGUAAAAAAGACACAAGAUGGACAAAAUUAAAACUUUAAUCUUGCUUAAAUAAUACACUUUCUAAAAAAAGAAUAGAGAUACACAAACCAAACUAGGUCGAACACAUUUUUCAGUUGUUAAAUGAAAUACAAUCCAUAGGAAUGAUCCUAAAAUUAAAUAAAUAUCUUUAUUUUAUCUUAUCCAAGAAUUCAAUCACCAACACGUGGAGGUAUUCAGAACUGUUGCAUCAGAAAAAGGCGUCCCCGGCCAUGAACACGGAGUGUGUCAUGUGAUGAUUCUGGAGGAUGUUUCCAACCUUCCCUCUAUAGACAGGUACAGCCUUUUUUUUCAUCUCCAGAACAAAGAUUUUAUUUAGUAGCCAUGGCUCAGAUUACAGGAGGGUUUGGAUGAUGAGCAUUUAGGUUUUUAUGUUGGUUACAUAUUAAAGCUCCAGCAGUCAGAGCCUGUCCACAGUUUAACAGAUUUCUGCUCAGAAAACUCAGGUUCUAAUAUCCUCUACAGCUCAGGAGUCUCACUCAGCUCUCUGGAUGAAUCACACAUCAGCUUACUGAAUCAAACAUGGAAGUUCGGAAAGUGCGAUGAGGCUCUCAGGAUGAUUCAGGACAUCCUCACCCAUUUCCCGUCCUGCUGCAUGCUGGAUGCUGAAGGGAAGCCUGUGGCCUGGAUCCUGGUGUAUAGCAGCUCUGCUAUGGGCAUGCUGUACACACUGCCAGAGCACAGGGGGAAAGGAUACGCCAAAGUCCUGAUCUACACCAUGGCUAAGAGGCUCCACGCUGAGGGAUACCCGGUGUACUGUUUCAUAGAGGAGGACAACACGCUCUCCUACAGGCUCUUCAAAAACCUGGGCUUCACUGAAGAUCCCUCAUACAGGGCUGCAUGGUUUCGAGUAAAUUAG